UUCCACUCAUAUAUAAUCUGCACCAUAUACUUUGCUUCCUGAAAGAAUUUCAAGAGCUCUAGCUGCUAAUUAAAAAAAAAAAAAAAAAAAUGGUGGUCACCAACACAGCUGAAGUUUCGGCUUUGGUUGAAUCUGACUACGACCGCGCAACUGAAGUGAAAGCUUUCGUCGAGUCGAAGGCCGGGGUUAAGGGACUCGUAGACUCUGGAGUUACGAAAGUUCCUCGGAUAUUCAUCCGACCACCCGAGGACUUGGACAAUCCGACGGAUCCCAACAAGACCCAACUCGGUAUUCCGGUCAUAGACCUCAAAGGGUUCGAUACAGAUCCAAUCCAACGUAGAGAGAUUAUCGACAAAGUUGGAGAUGCAUCGGAGGCAUGCGGUUUCUUUCAGGUGAUAAAUCAUGGUAUCCCUGAUAGCAUCAUGGAGGAAAUGAAGAAUGGGGUGCGCAGGUUCUACGAGCAAGACAACGAGGUAAAGAAAAGAUUAUACACACGCGACAUCACGAGAAGCUUGGUGUAUAAUAGCAAUUUUGAUUUGUAUCAUUCGUCUGCGGCUAAUUGGAGGGAUACUUUUUACUGCUUUAUGGCUCCUAAUCCUCUCAUGCCUGAAGAAUUGCCUGAGGCGUGCAGAGAUGUUUUGACGGAGUACUCGAAGCAAGUAAUGAAAUUAGGCUUUUCUUUGUUUGAGUUAUUGUCCGAAGCUUUGGGCCUGAACCCAAACCAUCUCAAUGAGAUGGACUGCGCUGAAGGUCUGGCAGUCCUUUGCCAUUACUAUCCAGCUUGCCCCCAGCCAGAACUAACCAUGGGCACAAGCAAGCACUCUGAUAAUGACUUUCUUACAGUGCUUUUACAAGACCAUAUUGGAGGCCUCCAAGUUCUUCAUAACAAUCAGUGGUUUGAUGUUCAUCCUGUGCCUGGAGCCCUAGUUGUAAACAUUGGAGAUCUUUUGCAGCUUUAUAUCAAACGACAAGUUUAAAAGUGUUGAACACAAAGUACUGGCGAACAAUGAAGGCCCUAGAGUGUCGGUGGCAUGCUUUUUCAGCACAAGUUUUCAGCCAUCCUCGAAGCUGUAUGGACCUAUCAAGGAGCUCUUAUCGGAAGAUAAUCCACCGCUGUAUAGGGAAACCACAGUGAAGGACUUUGUUGACUACCUCGCUACUGAUGGCAUUGAUUCUCCUUUGCGCCAUUUUAGGCUGUAAACUUGAUUGCAGUGCAAUGUUGGAGAUGCAGAUGUGCCGGCAUCAGUGGCUUGAGAUUUGAAUUUUAUCCAGUCGAAUAUAAAGGAAUGUAUAAUUUGAGGCC